AAGAAGGGUUCUUGCUCUUGUGGCGACUACUGGUGAUGGCUUCUAAGAAAUUUUGCAAACAACAGAGUGGUCGAAGAAACAUGCAAAGUUCACCUCCAUAUCACCUCCGCGCAUCGACGAGCAGCUUAUCUUCCCUCGAUGACAUGUGCUCGGCGAAGGAAUGGGCCUUGUCGGCCCUCCAAGAGUGUGCGAGAGCCAUUUCCGACAACGAUUCAGCUAAAAUGCAUCAUCUCCUAUGGAUGUUGAACGAGUUUGGGUCCCCCUACGGAGAUGUCGAGGAGAGGCUGGCCUCGCACUUCCUUCAAGCUCUCUUCUCGAAGGCGACGGAUUUGGGCGAUAGCCGCCACAAUAUGCUGGUCUCACUUGCACACAAGAACCACUCCUUUGAUACUAUGAAGAGAGUGAUCCUCAAGUUCCAGGAAGUAAGCCCUUGGACUACAUUUGGUCAUGUCUCAUCCAAUGGUGCAAUCUUAGAAACCCUAGAAGGAGAGCCCAAGAUUCAUAUAGUCGAUAUUAGCAACACCUAUUGCACACAGUGGCCAACUUUCUUAGAAGCUUUGGCCUCUCGAGACGGUGAAGUACCGCAUGUAAGGCUCACGGUGGUGGCAAUGGAGAUUAUGGAAGGAUCGACUGUGAAGGAGAUGAGCAGAAGGAUGAAGAGGUUCGCGAGGUUGAUGAGAGUGCCAUUUGAGUUCAAUGUAGUUAGUGUCGCACUCGAGCUUUGUGAGCUUAAGGAGGAAGAGAUAGAGAUAAGAGAAGACGAGGCGGUCGCGGUAAAUUGCGUCGGAACGCUUCGAAGGGUUAGCAUAGGAGAGAGGAGCAGCUUCAUAAGACUGCUCCGACGCCUCCGCCCGCGGAUAGUAACCAUCGCGGAGGAAGAAGCUGAUUUCACAAACACGAGGGGGGACUUCGUGAGGUGCUUCGAGGAGUGCCUAAGAUUUUACGCCCUCUUGUUCGAGAUGCUAGAGGAGAGCUUCGAAACCACGAGCAACGAGAGGCUUGUCCUAGAGAGAGAAUGCUCAAGGAGCAUUCUCGGAGUUAUCGCUUGCGACAAGGGGGGUGGUGGAGAGUGUGAGAGGAGAGAGAAGGGAAGUCAAUGGAGUGCAAGGCUAGAGGAAUGCUUCUCGCCAACAAAAUUUAGUGAUGAUGUAGAGGAUGAUGUUAGGGCACUGUCGAGGAGGUGCCGCGCUGGGUGGUCGGUGGUGGCAGCGGAGGGCCGCGCGUCAGGGCUCUACUUGGCUUGGAAGGGAGAACCAGUUGUGUGGGCUUCAGCUUGGAAGCCACAGAAUGAAGUUUCCGAAGUAUCGGAAUCGUACCGAAACUUAAUGUAGCUCUUUGUGCAACCACAGUAUCCUCCUAUCAUUUUUAUGUGGCAAGGUGUUUCCUCUCUUUUUUCUUUUUUUUUUGUUAUAGAUUUUUUUUUUUUUUAAUCUUUCUAUAGUUUUCUAUUAAGUGUGAAGCAAUUCAGAUGCAUUUGGAAA